GCUCACAGUGCAGUGAUAAUCCUGGCAGGCUGCUCUAUUUUUAUCCCUCUGUGCUCUGUCCUGCCUUAGUGAGUUGCAUGGGGAAGUAACUCCAGAGUUUGCUUGUGGACAGGCUGCGGGGGCAACAGCAUUGGGCUGCCAGGAGUGGAGGGCUUUGCGGAGGACUUGGAGCAGGCAGUAGAAUGAUAGAAGGGCAUGUUUAGGGUGUCUAGCCAGCUACCUGACUUUCUGGAGGUUUUCCAAAGUUUCUCUUCUGCUUGCUGUGCCGCUGGAGUACAGAGGGAAUGUCCCAUGAAGGUGAGCUUGGAGGUCAGGUGGCCAGCACUGCCAUCAGCAGUGUAGCUGUGCAGGCAGGGGGCUCGCGGAUCACCGUGGCCGUGCUCCAGUGUGGCUCGCUGCUCCAGCUGCGGCUAGCCGAGUCAGAGCCUGACCUGCUGGAGAUUGGCAACAGCCAGGAGGACACACAGAGGAUCCUAGAGGAACACGAGCAGCUGCUGAUCAAGCUCAAGAAACAUGAGGGCUCUGUGCGUGGGUUGCUGCAGGAAGCAGACUGGACAAUGGAGGAGGGGGCUGAGCCCAAGCUGCAUGAGCCCAUGGCAUCCUCUCUGAGCCAGGCCUGGAAGGAGCUGGUUGCUCAAUUGGACACUCGCAGGGACCUGCUGCAGCUGGCCGUAUGCUUCUAUGACCGAGCCCUGGAGUUUGCAGUGAAGAUAGACGAAGCAGAGAAGCUCCAACAGGGCACGUCCAAGGAGAUAUCCACAGGCUGCCUGGAAGAGCUGGUUCAGAGGCACAGCAGCAUUAAACGAGGCCUACUGAAAACGUCUCUGCUGGCUCUGAACAGCAGCCAGGAGCUGCUGAACUUCCUCCAGCACUCUUGCUCUAAAGAGAAACUACUGAGGCCGGGCAGCAUGCGCAGGGCACACAGCAGCUGUACCAAGGUGGAGAACCUUCUGGAGAUCCUUCAGGAUAGGCGCCGACAGGUGGAUGAGCGAAUGAGGCAGCAGCAGCACCACCUGGAGUCUGUUUUGCAUGUCCGCCUCUGGGAGCAGCAGGAACAGGAAGACUGGAGCCUGAUCGUGAGCAGGCUGCUGGCUCAGGCCCCUGACGUCCUCUCUGUGGAGGACAGGGAGGUUCUAGCUGCGAGGAGCCUCCAGCUGAAAGAGCUCCGUGAAAUGCUCUGGAGACUGAUGGAGGGCCACCUGGGGGAUCGGCAGGAAAGCAACACAUUCUUCACCAGGGCCAAUAAGGCUUUUGAGGCCCUAGCUGGUGUGGAGAGCCAGCUGCAGGCCCCACACUCACUGUCAAACUCUCAGCUGGCCCAGUGGCACAAGGAGCUCCAGUGUACCUCGAGGGAAGUGGCUGCUGAUCCUCUCCAGCAUGAGCAGCUUCUCCUUGAGAGGCUUCAGCCCCACUGUGCCCAAAUGGCUGGGGUGCUGGGAUAUAUUCAGGUGGACUCCUUCAGUGGAGAGUGCCAGGCCUACCGGGACCUGGCUGAAAAGAAGCUACAGUUAAUGUCCUCUAUUGAAGAGCUGAUAUACAAGGUGUCCCUGUGGAUGAAGGGAACCAGCUCCGCUAUCAGCAACAGCAGCCUCGAACCUGGAUCAGGGCUCUCCAAGUUAGAGGACAUGUUGAAUAGACACAUGGAGCUGGCUUCACAGGCACAGGACACAGCAGACAAGCUCAAGUCCAUCACAGAGCUUGUGGCACAGCUAAGGCUGCUGGACUCUCAUGAGGCCGAUGAGCUGUCCAGCAGGAACAUUGUUCUGACCAAACAGCUGGGGGUGGUGAUGAGAAGCGUGAAUGAAUGGCUGGACACUCUCAGGCCCUAUGUGUGUUUUCUGCACGUCACAGAGGAGGUGGAUGAGCAGAUACAGCAAGUACAGGAGAUGUUUAAGGGCAGCCCUGAAGAUGACACUGAGGAUGUGAGUGGCAAAUGGCAGUCGCUGUUGCAGAGGUUCCUCAACCUGCAGGAGCAAGCCAACAUCCUCAUCUCUUCGGUCAGCAUGGCCAGUGAGAAGCACAAGCUUGACGUGAAAGCUGCUGUGUAUCAGGUUGAGAAGAUCAUGGAAGAGCUGACCAAGAAAAAGGCCAUCCUGAUGGACCUGUGGACCUCAUGGCAGCUCCAGGUCAACCAGAUAAAGUCUGUGAAAAAGCAGUGGAAGAAAUUCAAGGAGCAGCUUAAGAAGAACAUCCAUGACCUGAAGAUGCUGGAGGAUGUUCUUGCUCCAGGAUCCAAGAUGGAUUUGGGAAGUGAUCUCACAACUGUGACCAACUUGCAGGAGAAUUUCAGCCUUGCAAAACCACAGUUUCUGCAGCUGAAUGCAGAGGUGGAGCACACGCUGAAGAUCUCAGAGCUGUUGCCACUCAGAGGAGCUUCAGUGAAAGAGAAGAAUGAGAAGGUGACGGAGCUCCUCCAUGUGCACCAGCAAGUCAAGGAUAAGAUAAAGGAGUAUGAAGUGGUCCUCUGCAAGGCUGUCCGGUUCCUGCAGCUGUACCGUGAUCUGGACUGCGUGCCAAGUGCUGUGCCAGUCACAGUGUUACCUGAUGCUAGUCAGGCUCGGGUCCAACUGGAACAGUACCAGGAGAAACGUGCCCACAUAUGCUACCUGUAUAAGCAAGCCAUCUCCUUGGGGGCAGAGGUUGCCACCAUUGUGUGUCAGUCGCAUACCCUGGGCUUCCAGGUCCAGCAGCUCCAGGAGAAGAUGAAAAAGUUAGAGAUAGCCAGCAUGAGGUGGAGUAUGGAGGCCUAUCGCUGUGAGGAAAACCUGGAGAGCCACUUGCACUACUGUGUAUUCAAGGAGGACAUGAAUGAGUUUAGAGAUUCAUUUAAAGACCUGAAGAAGAAAUUCAACAACUUAAAAUUCAACUACAUGAAGAGGAACGAGAAAAUAAGGAACAUAAAGGGAGUGAAGAAUCAAUCUCAGCAGAUAGAGCGGUACAUGGAGAAACUACAAGUGCUGAAGAACAAGGUGCAGGCCUUCACCGUCAAGCUGACCACCAGCAAAGAGCAGCCCCUCAAGGGGAGAGAGAUGGAAGAUGUCGUGAACGAGCUCCAGAGGCAGCUGGGGGAUUUUUACAGGACCAUGGAGGAAUUCAAGACAAACCUUGAAAUGACAGCUAACCUGCAUCUGGUUGUGGAGGAGUACCAGUUCUGGUCUGAUGAGGCCAGCGCCACCAUCAUGAGGGUAGGGAAGUACUCCUCUGAGUGUAAGACCAAGGAGGCUGUGAGCAUGCUCUACAAGCAGUUUGAGAAGUUUUUCUGGCCCACAGUUCCACAGCAGGAAGAGCGGAUCCAGCAGAUCAAAGAGCUGGCCAUACGUCUCCUUGGUCCAGAAGAGGGGAAGAAGUUUGCAGAGAAAACUGUUAGCAAACACAGUGAGAUUGUGGACUCCAUCAAAGAGCUCUGCAAAGGCCUGAUGAACCUGGAAACCAAUUUACAGGCAGAGGCUCUGAAGCAGCAGUCCAGCCCAGGGGAACACACAGACACAGACAUGAGUGAGCUGAAGGAGUCACACCAUACUCUGGAAAAUGCUGGCCCGGGCCAUGAGAAGAGGAGCAGGGUGAUGGACCAACCCCAACAACUUGGACGCGACAUUGCGUUGCUACAGAGCAUGUCCUACUGCUGUGAAGCAUACUCAGAGAGUAGCCAGGUCACCUCCAUCUCUGGCAGCUCCACAAUGGAACGACUUGAAUGCCUGCACACCACCUCACACACCGAGACCAUCAGCCUGUCCCUCUUGCCAUCCUCGGCCAUCCCUGGCUUCUCUGACAACUGCAGGGAGUUUUGCAUGCCAGAAGAGCAGAAGAAAGAGCAUGAGGAGCCUGAGUCUCUCGGAAGCUUUGGGGAACAGCUUGCACACACACAGGGGGAAGUUCCGCAUUCUGCAGAAGAGAUCAUGUGUCCUGAUGCAUCUGAACAUGCAUCACUUCCUCCCAUGGGUGAGGUGACAUGUGCAACAGAGGGUGACCUCCUCACCGAGGAAUAUCUUUUCAAUGACGAGUACGAGUGCCCCUCACCUGAUGACAUCUCGCUGCCCCCACUUUCUGAGACGCCAGAGUCCAACAUGGUCCAGUCAGAGAAUGAGGAUGGCAUGUGCUCACGUAGCCCACAUGCUAGCCAGCAGGGCCUCUUCCAGUUGCACUCUCAACUCAGUGAUGGUGCCCCCCAGAGGCAGGGGUGGGUCCUGAGUCAGGAUGAAGGCCAGUCCAGGUUUCGGGUGGAGUCGUCAUCAUUUGUGCACAGCCCCCUGACCGUGCCUGCCCCCAGCCUGGUGUCCAGCACGCUCUCCAGCAUCCUAAGGACCAGGCUCCCCCCACCCCCUUCGCCCGCCCCCGGCACUCUCAGUGAGUGCCAGCAGACUCUGUAUGCAAUGCAUAAGAGCUUCAUGCAUAUGCAAGAGUGUGUGCAUGUGGGUGCUUCGCCCAGUGACAUGCAUGUCCCCCCUUCCCCACUAAUGGACCCGGGCCCCUGCAGGCCUGCCAUCUUCCGGGAAGAGGUCCGGCUGUUGUCAGGAAGCCAGGCGAUACCUGACCUUUUGGGUCAGGCUCCUAACUUCUCCAAGCUACUGUCUAAUGCCAAGGUCAUGGAGGGCUCCCCUGUGACCCUGGAAGUAGAAGUCAUGGGAUCCCCAGAGCCUACGCUUACAUGGUACAGGAAUGGACAGAAAGUGCACCAUGACCAGCAUGUAAAACUGUCCCAAAAGGACAGAACACCAAUAGCGGCGCAAGCCUCAAUGUCACACGGACCAUAAACUCUAGUGGUAUGCUCCUCUAGUUCUGUCCUCCAGGUCAAAGGUAAAAAAACAAAAAAAAAAGCUUCCCAGAUGAUUCCACCCCUUCAUCCAAGCUGGACUGGCUCACCUGUUUUGGCACCUUGUGUGUCUUCUUGUGGCUUGUGUACUUGCUGUUGUUGUAAUGUGCUCCUGGGCACCUGUCCUGAGAGGGAGGUUUGUGUACCACACUGGAAUAACCCUUAAUGUGUACUCUCCCUCCUGCGUCCAUUUAUGACCCAAAGGGACCUGUGUCUCUGUUUACUUGCACCAUCUGGACCUUUUGGCUUUUUGACCAGUCAUUUAACAGUCAGCUUGUGUUUCUUGUGUGAAAACAUCCACGUCCAUUUAAACAGAUAAGAAACACAAAAUCAUAUGACAACCUAUUUAAUUUGUGACAGCCACAUUCUGGUGAAGCAGAGUGUUGACACAUCAGGUUCGGGAAAAUAUAUCUGCGUGGACAGAAACCAGGAAGGAGAGGCUGUGUGCUUAGCACAGAUCCAGGUCAGUAAAUAUUACCAGCAUUAAAGCCGCAAUGAAGAGCCUUCAUUGUCCACAAAGCUGGCAGGUCUUCCUUCGCAUGGCACCAUUUAUGACCAUGUGGCCAUGGAAACAAUGGAAACCUGCCCACAGAAGCUGCCCAGCAAGACGACACCAUAAUCACCACCAGAAAAAAAUGUGGAUUAGGUGUCAGAGUUAUUUCUGUUUAGGGCAGUGACUCUUGGGUGUGGAUAAGAACCUGUUUCUAGGUAGAAUGGUGACUGGUGGUUCUGGUUAAGAGCAGGAUUCUGGGUAGGAUGGUUAUUGGUUGUUUUAGUUAAGAGCAUGUUUUUUAGGAGUGGUGGAUUUUCUUCGGUUCCCCUACAUGUAUAUAUCCUGCAUUAAAUAAAGCCAGAUUACUUUGCCAUCACUUAUUAGGAGCAAGUGUGAAAACAGUUUGUAUGGUCGGCAACAAUCUGCACUAACUUGCUAAUGACGUCUGUUUUAAUAUGACCUCCACAGGCUGAAAUUCUGUUUCAUUGGCAUGUUGCCAUUAUGAUUGUAAAUCAUGACCAUUCAUCUUCAGCUAUUGCAAAGUUUAAGUACAUUUUAUUCUAUCAGUAAUUCCUUGCGUGAACAUGUUCCUUUCUCUGUGAUCCUGUUAUCCUCAUUCACACGACAUCCUGAUAUCCUCAUUAAUGAAAGUUUGUAUGGCUGUUUGCUUUUCCACAUCUACACAGUCUUUACAUGUUUCAUUUUAUUUAAAAAAAUGUUUUUAAAAAUUG